UACUAGAUGCACGCUUAUGAUAGGCGCGUGCGUUAGUUACCAGAGAUAAUGCACUUAAAUAAAGAACGGUAUACAGCGUUGUUUUACCGGUAAAUUUUUUGUUCAAGAAAUACUUUUGCACAUGGUUUCCUAUAUGAAAUGCUAUCUACUCGUACAUUUCUUUGCUUACUAAACUAACAUAUGGUUCUGACGUCAUUUUCAGGGUUUGCCCGAUGUCGCUUGAUAAAAUCGGAGUAAUUUGAAUAUAGAUUUUUCUAGUUCGAAAACGAAUAAAGAGGAAACAGAUAAAUGGGUGAACAGAAAAAAACAGCAAGGGGUUAUAGGUAAGAGACAGAGAAAGAGUAAAAUCUUCCCACCAGGACUGUACUUGUAAUGUCAUAGAAACAACAACAAUGAACUAGCAGUCAUUUAAAUCUGGAAAUUUUCAAAUAAAAGUAUCUUCAAAGAUAUGAGUUACAAGUAUUAUGGUAAUUAAGCAACAAAUAAAUGAUAUUUUUAUAAAAUCUCAAUCAAGUUAAAUACGCACAGUAUAAUUUCAUUACGAUAUCGGAUUUAAUCUAUUAACGGGUUAGAAGUACGAAUACAUUGAAUAAAUAUAGAAGACAGAAAAACAGCCUGGAAAUAGCAAAGGGGUUUCGGAGAGCGAGCACCGUCCCUGAACCAUGAUGCGCGAUCGUGAUGCGCACACGUACUUGGGCGCCGAGAGUCAGUCAACCCAGUGACGUCUAGAAGUGUGUGUCGUUCGGAUGGAUUAUCGUGCCGGUAUUCAGAAAACUCGUAUGAAAUCGUGAAUUUAUACAUGUCCAAAUAUAAAUGAACAAAUCGUAUAAACAUACUACACGUUUGGAUGCUCGUCGCGCGAGAUAAAACUAGGGAAAAGCAGAAAACGCGAAUCGCGUCGGUGCGUCAUUUGGAAACUGGAUCGGUAAAUAAUGUGAAGUUGGAGUAUCGACGACGAAUUUCUGAAAAUGUGUUUCGUGUGUGCAAUCGACGAAUGAAAAUACACGUAGAAAGAACAGCUCAUGGAAAUGGUCAGAGAAAAUAGAGGAGGUUCGAUUUAAAAAUGCAUUACGAAGAGGUAUUGUGACGAACGAAUAGAGAAGACGCCAUCGAAAAAGGAUUUGAAGAUUUUAUUCUGGUGGGAACGUUUUAUUGGUUUGGCAGGAAAAACGGAAACGACUGGUGACAGAAGCAAGUAGUGUUCGAGUGUGUAAUGAGAGAGAAAUUGGAAAAAAGCAAUUGCAACGGCGAGAGUUAAUGCGAAGAAGCGGAGGAAAUUGACCAUUGAAAUCAAAGAGGAAAAAGAAAGAGGAAAAGAGGAUCGUUGAAAUUGAGGGAAACCGAAGUUGAACGAAGCGCGAAGUGCGCGCGCGGCCGUUUGUCAGAUUUAACCGAGGAUGGAGGACGAAUUACGAUGUCCUUGUUGCAAGGAGCUAUUCGUCGAGCCGGUACUGUUGCCUUGUUGGCACGCUCUUUGUCUGUCGUGUGCGGUUAAUUUGCAAGCACCGCCUGACUCGCCACCAGAGUCGACGACCGAUUCGUCGAAUGCCCCAGGAUCUGAUCAGGAGGCCGAUAAACUUUCGAUUUUAUCGGAGACCGAUUCGGGGGUGGUGUGCAGCAGCACGUCGACCAGCUCACGACCAGGAAGCUAUGUCGGCACACCCGGAAACGGUGGUUUUCCGCCGUCAGGCGGCACUUUGUGUCUUUCUUGCCCCGUUUGUCAAAAGACCGUGUAUUUCGAUGAAGGUGGAGCGCACAAUUUGCCCAAGUACAGGGCGAUGCAGCAUAUCGUGGAAAAAUAUCAAGAAUCGAGGAACGCGAGAUUACAGUGUCAGAUGUGCGAGGGUGAACCCCGAGAUGCUACCGUCGCCUGCGAGCAAUGCGAGGUGUUGUAUUGCGACGGCUGCAGAGAAUCCUGUCAUCCGAAGAGGGGACCUCUGGCUGCUCACAAUCUGGGCCCACCUCGUGGCAGCUGGCAAUCGAACGGAGGCAAAGGUUCUCGUGGUCCAGCCACGGAAACAACACCAGUUUGCAACGAUCACAACGGUGAACCGUUAACUCUAUACUGUGCUCUCUGUAAAAUCGCGAUAUGCGCGCUUUGCCUCCGAGAUCGUCACGCUGCCCACCCACACGACAUCUUACCAUUGGCUGCUGCCUGUAAGGCCCAGAAGACCGAGUUGUCGCAAAAUUUGCAACAGCUGUCGGAAAGGGCUCGCUCGACGACGGAAUUCAUUCAGAGGCUCAAAGGGAUGACGGACAAAGUGCACGAAGAAUGCGUUGCGUUGGAGGAAGAGGUGGAGGAUCGGGUGGCGAACCUGGUGAGUCUUUUGCAGGCGAGAAAAUCUCGAUUGAUCGAAGCGGCCCGGCAGACCAGGGAGGCGAGGGUGCGUUCGUUGAGGGACCAAGUGGCCAGAUGCGCGUCCCAUCUGCAGACGACCACAGCUCUUCUCACCUUCUGCAUCGAGGCCUUGAAGGAGACGGACAGCGCCGCUUUUCUCCAAAUUGGCGGAAUGCUGUCGGUCAGAGCCGCCACCGCGGCCGGUUCCUGGGGUGGUGCCGAGGGCGUGCAAGAAAUAGCUCGGCUGCCGCUGCUCGAUCUCACCUUCGACGACAAGCCAUUGCGACGCGCUAUCGAUCAGCUCACUUUUGUUCAGUUGAAACCAUCCGAGGGAGAAGAACGUUUCCCAACAGCAGCACCUGGAGCACCGAUAUUGAUACCGGAAGAGUGCAGCGCUGAGAACAACAGCGUGACCGUUGCUUGGCAGCCUCCACCGGGACACGGAAUUGUUGGCUGCGCGGGUCAAAGAGGACCCGCCAUCGAGGGGUACCUUCUGGAGCUGGACGAUGGAUGCGGUGGAGAAUUUCGAGAAGUGUACUGUGGCCGAGAAACGAUUUGCACCGUGGACGGAUUGCACUUCAAUUCUUUGUAUAACGCAAGGGUGAGAGCGUUCAACAGCGCCGGGGAAGGCGAAUAUUCGGAGUUGAUUGGUCUUCAGACUGCCGAAGUGGCGUGGUUCUCGUGGGCGACCGGGGCGUCCGGUAUACCACAGGAGGUAUCCAUUUCCGAGGACGCGAUGAGCGCGUCCUGCGAGGGUUACGAGCACCGAGUCGUCCUCUCGAGCGUCGGAUUUUCACGAGGCGUCCACUACUGGGAGUUGACGAUCGAUCGUUACCACAGCGACACCGAUCCUGCUUUUGGCAUAGCCAGGGCUGAAGUGUCGCGGGAUCGAAUGCUCGGCAAGGACGACAAGGGUUGGAGCAUGUACAUAGAUCGGCAACGUUCGUGGUUCAUGCACGGUGGUGGACACGCGCAGAGAACCGAGGGCGGGGUGCAACAGGGUUCCACGGUGGGUGUCCUCUUGGAUCUGGACACGACUCACACGCUUCGUUUCUUCGUGAACGAUCAACCGCAAGGCGGGAUAGCGUUUCGCGAUCUCUACGGCGUCUUUUAUCCGGCUGUCAGUCUAAAUCGAGGGGUAACCGUGACGCUGCACACCGCUCUGGACGUACCUCGUCACUUGUUGGCGCUGCACGAGGAGUAUAUCACCGACGUGAUUCAGAGCUAGGGAUACCUAAACGUCCUGAAAAAGGGCCUGUUGCAGGAAGUCGGCUCAUCAGGUUCCGUCGACAAGUCGACGGACGGCAAGACCAGGGAAUUCAACGGUCAGUUGGAAAAGAUCGUCGAGGAGAGUAUCGGUGACACCAACUGACCGUCUUCUUCCAUCAGCCGGAUCAUCGAUACGUAACACCAAAUUUUUCCAACUUUUUAUUUAUUCUCUACCACGAGCAUCGAGGAACGGCUCAGAUACGUGUAUUCUGUUGCGGAAAUAUCAUUUGCCGAUGUACGCGAAAAUCGGGUCGUUCGCUUUUCGAUCUUUUAACACGUAAGAUAUUCGGCGCGCGUUCAACGAAUCGGUUCGGUUGAAACGCGAUAAUUGUCGCGCAUCGCAUCGCGUCGAACGAUAAUUAUCUUCUCGGAAAUAUAUCUUUCAGACGCGAAGAGAAUUUCUUCGAACUCAACGAUGAACGUUUCGCGAUCUUUGAUUUAAAAUCACUGCCAGUAGCAGCGCGAGAUUUAUCGAGUCAAAGACUGUUGCCAUUUUCUAGAGCGAGGAAAAAGAAAAAAAGAAAAAGGUACGUAAACCGAAGUGUUCUCCGUCUAAGGAUCGCGCGCGAUCGUAUUCUUAUUCAUAUCGAUACGUAUAAGUAUAAUCGCGUAGAUUUAAGGUAAGUUCUAUCGAUAUUUAAUAGGAUGCAUUGCUAAGAAAAGAAGGAAGAAAGGAAGGAAGGAAGGAAGGAAAGAAAAAAGUAUGCUAAAGAAGCACGCGUGCACCCAAGCUGAUCAGCUUUAGUGUAAAAUAAUGUUUCGAGUAAACGUUUUCUAGUCCCCGAUAGAAUUUUCUAUCCAGCUUUCCCCUUUUUUUCGAUUUCAAUAUAUUUUUAUUUUCUUUUCCUGUUUUCUUACCAUUUUGUACGAGGAAAGAUGAUCGCGAGCAAAUGUGUUACGAGAAUUUCAAUUUAAGAUUAUCGAAGAUAUAGAUGUUGCAGCGCACAAAUUCGUGAAACCAUUCCUCCUCCCUAGGAAUCAACGAGGAGAAUCAACGUCAGCGUUGUACAUAUUUGUAUAUACGUAUUUCGACUGUACUGCCGAUGAAUUUGCCAACUGUAUCUACAAUUCUAUCCGAUCAAUAAAACGCACCAGAAACGAA